AUGCAUAUCUAUUCUUCUUGUGGUUUGUGGAACUCAUCAGUUAGAAAGGGAUGGAGUUUUCUUGCUGAUAAAGCAAAAGGAGGUAGGUUACUGAAUUUGGAUGGAAGAUCAACCAUUGAGAAGCUAAAGUUAAUGGUUUCUGAUGACUUUGGAAUCGAUCUAACCCUGGUCAAUCUCGAGUUAAGCUACUUACCUUAUGAGUUGAUUAAUACUCUUGAGUCUCCUCCGGUUAUCAUCAGCAACGACCGGCAAGUUAAAAAAUUUCUAACCUAUGUGAGGACCAAACCUUCCACGCGCUUGUGUGUGUGUCUUCAGUCAAAGGAUGAGAAUCUCAAUAGGAAGGCACGUGUAAACUUGAAUAACCAAGCAUCUGGUGCGGCCAUAAUGGAGGGACAUACGAAUGAAAAUUCAGAUGUGAAUUCUGGUGAAACCAAUUUCGACGAACAAGACAUUGAGCGGGAUGAAAGUGAUGAUGAAAAGUUGUGUGACAUAAAGGGAAGCAAGGGACAUAAUGUACGAUUUGCUUUGUUGGAUAUUGUGAAGAAGUGUCAAUAUUUUAGCAGUAAAAUGUUACUAAAGGCGACAUUCGAAAUCUGUGCAAUGAAACAUAAUUUCAACUAUAAAGUCGUCAGAUCGGAUACCAAAAUUUGGUAUAUUCGGUAUGCAGAUGAAGAUUGCAGCUGGCGAGUUCGUGCAGAAGGGUUAAAAGGUUCUUCAUAUCUCAUUAUCAGAAAAUAUGUUGCUGAACAUUCAUGUGCUCCAUCAGCAAGGAACAAAUCUGUAAGGACAGCUUCAGCAAAAACAAUUGGUAAUCUGAUUAUGCAUAAGUAUGAUGGUGUGAAGGCGGGGCCAAAAUGUAAUGAUAUCAUUGAGCUUAUGCGUGGUGAGCAUGGGAUCGAGGUGUCCAAGUCUUUAGCGUGGGAUGCGCGUGAGUAUGCUAUCAACACAGUGAGAGGCAUUCCAGAAACAGGUUAUGCGAAGAUUCCCAAAUACUUGUACAUGAUGAAGGAAGCUAAUCCUGGGUCACAUACAUCUUACGAAACUGACAAGGAUGGGAGAUUCCGAUUCCUUUUCAUCUCAUUUUGGUCAGUGUGUCCGAGGUUUUUACAGAGCCAUUUGAAGAGCAAAUUCAAAGGUGUUUUACUAGUUGCUACUGCUUUGGAUGGAAACUCAAAUUUAUAUCCACUUACAUUUGGAGUCAUAGGUUUAGGGUCUACUUAG